AUGUCACACACACACCACACAGCUCCAUCCAUGCCAGGUCAGCACACAGACCACCCCACCUCCAUCCAUGCUAGGUCAGGACACAGACCACCCCACCUCCACAGAUACCAGGUCAGCACACAGACCACAACAGUUCCAAGCAUGCCAGAUCAGCAUGCAGACCAUCCCAUGUCCGUCCAGCAAGGUCAGCUCACAGACCACCACAUCACUACAAAAGAUGCUUUCAAGGACAUUUCCAUAUACUUCACCAAGGAAGAAUGGGCAGAGAUGGGAGAAUGGGAAAAAAUCCGAUACAGGAAUGUGAAAAGGAACUACGAAGCGCUGAUUGCUAUAGGUUUCAGAGCCACAAGACCAGCUUUCAUGCCUCACUGCAGGCAGGUCAUAAAACCCCAGGUAGAUCACACUGAGGAUUCUGAUGAAGAAUGGACACCAAGGAAGCAAGGUAAACCUUCUGGGAUGGCCUUCAGAGGGAAGCACAGUAAACACCAGAAGAGAACAACCAGGGGACCAUUAAAUAAGGUAUCUCGUUUGAAGAAAUUGCCGGGAGCAGUGAAAUUGCAGAAGAAAAGUGGCUCCAAACAGGCUCAGAAACCAGUGCCCCCUCCCAGAGAAGCAAGGACCUCUGGACAGCACCCCAGACACAAAGUCGAACUCAAAAGAAAGGAGACUGAAGUGAAGAGGUACAGUCUGCGAGAGAGAAAGGGCCAUGUGUACCAAGAGGACAGCGAGCCCCAGGAUGAUGACUACCUCUAUUGUGAGGAAUGUCGGAACUUCUUCAUCGACAGCUGUGCUAUCCAUGGGCCCCCAACCUUCAUAAAGGACGCUGCAGUGGAAAAGGGGCAUGCCAACCGCGCAGCCCUCACUCUGCCCCCUGGGUUAAGAAUCAGACGGUCGGGCAUCCCUAAGGCUGGGCUUGGAGUGUGGAAUGAGGCAUCCGAUCUGCCGCUGGGCCUGCAUUUUGGCCCCUACGAGGGUCAGAUCAUACACAAUGAAGAGGCCUCCCACAGUGGAUACUGCUGGAUGGUCACAGGGAAAAACAGCUACGAGUAUGUGGAUGGAAAGGACAAGUCUUUGGCCAACUGGAUGAGGUAUGUGAACUGUGCCCGGGAUGAUGAGGAGCAGAACCUGGUGGCCUUGCAGUAUCAUGGGAAGAUCUUUUAUCGAACCUGCCAGGUGGUCAGGCCAGGCUGUGAGCUGCUGGUCUGGUACGGGGACGAGUAUGGCAAGGAACUCGGCAUCACGCAGGACAGCAGGGGGAAGAGCAAGCUCUCGGCCAGGAGAGGUGAGCACCACCCCUCUUCCAGUGCCCCACCCCAUCCUGGCGAGCUUCCCUGGUCCGAUCCUGAAGCAGAGUCCAGUCCAGUCUAA